GAUAAAACGUAUGAGCAGAAGAAAGCUAAGGCCAAAGCAAGGAAAAGGAUCUACGUGAAAAGACAGGGAGGUUUUAAGUGAAGGAAGAGUGAAAAGGAGAUUGUUCUGACAAGGAGUGAAACAACAAAGUACUGUUUUGUUUUUGUUUGUUUUUUAAAGUAAGAAUUACAGCAGAUAUUGUAAAGUUAUUUUAGAGAGGAUGAAGUUUAGCGAGAGGAAGGAGGCGCUGCUGGCCGGCACAGACACCAUAGAGAUGGAGCUGUUUUCUUCACAGGAGCCCUGCAUGGUGACAUCAAAACAGAUGGAUGAAAUUCAACAGAGCUUUGACAAGACCCAGAGACAGCUGGAGCAUCCUCUGGUCUCCGACUGUGCGGAGGAACCGGAGGCGCAGGUUGAGCCCCCACCCACUCAGCUCGCCAUACCCAAAACCGAGGCCAAGCUCUGCCCUCCUGACCUACCAUUCAUGGAGGAAAUUGAGAUAGAAAUGGAGGUGUUUCCACCCUUCAAAAUGCCUGAAACUGAAAAUGAAACAGUCGAAUCAUCUGACCCUUCCAUAAUGACCCUGCCGUCUCUAAACAAAGCUAGUAGUCUCAAGUGGAAGAAACUGACGCCGCAAAAGACAGGACUGGUGGUCAAAGAUGUGGUCUGUCUACCCAGAGGACAUUACCUGACAGAGCUGGAGAGACACAGUAUGCCACAAGGCAAAGAACGAGCCGUUCUAGCGGCCGUUGGAAUGACCGCUCGUAUUACCAUUGAUAAUGGUUGGUCGGCCAAUCAGAUGGAGAGUCGGUUGGCCUUGCUCUUCCAGGAGCGGUUUGUAAAACAGGCGGGACAGAGGUUCUCUUUCACGUAUCUGCAGUGUGUACCGGGCUCCAGGGUGCUGUUUGUCCCAGACUCCCCUGCAGAGGGCUGGAAUGGGGAGCAGGUACUCAGGACCUGUGGACACGGUGCUUUGUACAUCCUCAGCCACCAGGACCACCCUCAGGCAGAAUUGGAGAAGUCAGCAAGCAAGACACCUAGGGUCAACACGAUGGAGUUCUGUCUGGAAGCCAGCACAGAGAGCUGCCCAGACAAAGACAAUCCGCUAGGAAGACAGACCCAGCCCUGUGUUCCCAGCACUACCGAGACGUUCACACUCGACCUGGACUCCAUCCUGAAACUGUUCAGACAGGAGAACAUGGAUCGAGGUGAAGAAACCCACGUCCAGGUGAGGCUGCUCCAUAGAGCUCUAAAGAUGGUGAGGACUCCGGGCUUCUGUUUCAGGAUGACACCUGUUGUCUCCUUCAGUGGAGAGAAGGCUGACGGCUACAAGGGACCUCUCAGAGAGUUCUUCAGAUUGACUUUGGAGGGGCUGCAGAAAAGCUCUGUAUUUGAGGGUCGUCCGGGGUGUCUGUUGUUGACCUACAACCUUGCAGCUCUUGAAGAUGGGAAGUACUACGAAGCAGGUGUUCUAAUUGGCUGGUCGCUGGCUCAAGGUGGGCCUGGACCUCGUUGUCUACACCCUGCCCUCUACCAGUUGAUGUGUGGCCAGAAUCCAUCUUUGGAGAACUUCAACUGGAGAGACAUUGUGGAUGCUAAAGCACAGAUCCAACUGCAACAGCUGCAUAGUUGUGCUGAUGUGAGGCUGCUUUCUCCCAGUCUGUGUGACUGGGUGUCGAGCUGUGGCAUCCCUGGAAUCUAUUCAGUCAAUUCUGAUGAAAUACCAUCAAUCUAUAUCCGGAUGGUGAAACAUUACAUUUAUUACAGGGUGGCCAGUAUGAUCUCCCAGUUCACAGAGGGGCUGAACAGCUGUGGUGGAUUGUGGGAUACGGUAAAGUCCCACUGGGAGGAGUUUGUGCCAGUGAUGACGAACGCACAGCAGCAACCUCUGACCCUGGAAGAGUUCAAACCGCUCUUUACCAUCUGCUACAGCUGUCCAGACAGCCAGCUGAGGGGGGCUGAGGAGGCAACAGCUGGUCACUGGGAAACAGUUCUCACCUUGAUCAGCGAUGGUGAGGCAGAUCUUUCUUUUGAAGACCUCCUUGCCUUGAUCAUUGGAGCUGAUCAUCUGCCUCCUCUUGGGUUCCCCAGACUGAUCUCCCUGCGUUUUUACUCCCAGGAUGACAGCAUGUCAGGUGUACGUCUGCCGUAUGCCUCCACCUGUGCUCUGGAGCUCUUUCUGCCGAGGGGAGUGGCAGGGGCUGCAGACCUGAUGGUGCUGCUGAGCAGAGCCGUGCGUGAGGGACUCGGCUCUACAUGUUACCAGACAACGAGAGAUGGAGAAGGCAGCUGCAUAGAAGUGAUGACAAUUUUAUGAAGUUGACCACCAUCUGGACACUUGAGGUUCUGCUUAAGCUGACUUCGUGGCGCUCAAAAGUUUCUGCAGGAUAUGAAAAAUUUGACUGAGAAAAACAAUUACAAUCCAUGCU